AUGGCUUUAACUUUUCUAAGCAUUAAUUCAAAUUUGCUACUUUUGCAACAACGUAUAAAUUCUUUGGAAACUACUUGUGAAAAUUUAUCUUCAAUUUUAUUAGGAAAACAAUAUUUAACAGAAACAAGUAGUAACAAGGAUUAUACAAAUAAAUUUGCAAAAGAAUUUAAUGAAAUUAAAGAAGAAUUGAGAAAAUUAAAAAACAGAUUUGGAAAUCAUUUUUUCAAUUCAUUUGUGGUCAAUAUUGCACAAAAUAAUGUCACCACAUCUUUUGAAAAUUCACCAUCUACCAAAUCUCCCCCAACAUUACUCGUUAAUUCUUCAACUCAAUCUAGUUUUUUAACUAAAUCAGAACAUCCAACAAUUUCCUCCUCCUCAUUUUGGCGUUCCUACUUAUUAAUGUGUUUAAUUGGCCUUUUCACUUCUUUUGCCAUUUUACUUUACAUGAAUAGCCGUGACGGUGUUGAUUUUCGAUGGAGUUUUGGUCCACAAUUGCACUACCAAAAUGGACGCCCGCCAAUUUAA